UGUCAUUGAGAGUAAAUAGUAAAUUCAAAAUAUAAACAACUUUUUGUAAAUGUUAUUUAGUUAAUUAUGUCUUAUAUGUAAUGGUUGAAAUAAAUAUGGAUAUAAGUCCAUACUUUUGAGUUGAAAAUGUCCUAGUGGUUAUAAUAUUCAAUAUAUUCACGUAUAUUACCCUGUUUGAAUUAGAGAAUUUUAACCUCGAAAAAUGGUGGUAGAUUUUGAUAUAUUGGAGCACUGCCGAAAAGUUAGAGCAGAUCAUGGACCUCCUUACACAUGUCCCGUUGAAAGAUGUGGGAGAAAUUAUAAAUCUGUAUGCGGAUUAUCUUACCACUUGAGAAGUUUUGAUCAUGACAAUCCUACCCCGUUACCACCAGUAACUCCUAGUACCCCAAAGAAUAAGAAAGGUGCUAGAGCAAGAGGCACUCCUUCAAAUGUCAAGGCUACACCUGUUCCUGAACCUCUUACUUAUGAAGAAGCCCAAAAAAUGGUAGAAUUUAAUGUUGAUGGCAAAAUAAUCAGGUGGAACAUCAAUGAAUCGUUGGAGAUUAGGUCAAAGGAAGAUUUCGAAAAAGAGACUCCACCUUCUGAAACUGCAGUUGCAAUUCCUUCCGAAAUUGUGAAAUUACCGGAGGCAAGUUAUAAAGAAUUAGAUAAUUAUAACAUAUGUGAUGCUCCAGUAAGACCAAAUGCUUACUAUAGAUUUAUAGAAAAGAGUACCGAAGAAUUAGAUGGAGAAGUGGAGUAUGAUGUUGAUGAAGAAGACACUGCUUGGAUGUCUUUAAUGAAUGAAAAGAGAGAAGCACAAGGUCUUAGUGCUGUUUCAGUAGAUUCGCUUGAACUACUCAUGGACAGACUUGAGAAAGAGUCUUAUUUUCAAGCUUCUGUGAACGGCCACUCUGGAGCUAUAGUUGAUGAUGAUGCUGUGUGUUGUAUAUGUAUGGAUGGAGAAUGUCAAAAUACUAACGUUAUUCUUUUUUGUGACAUGUGCAACCUUGCUGUUCACCAAGAUUGUUAUGGGGUGCCUUAUAUUCCAGAAGGGCAAUGGCUGUGUCGUAGGUGCUUACAAUCUCCAAGCAGAGCUGUUGACUGUGUUUUAUGCCCAAACCAAGGAGGUGCAUUUAAACAAACUGAUCGCAGUCAGUGGGCUCAUGUAGUGUGUGCUUUGUGGAUACCUGAGGUCAGGUUUGCCAAUACUGUAUUCUUAGAACCGAUUGAUUCAAUUGAAACUAUACCAGCGGCGAGAUGGCGUCUUACAUGUUAUGUUUGCAAACAAAAAGGAGUGGGUGCUUGUAUACAAUGUCACAAAGCAAAUUGUUAUGCUGCUUUCCAUGUAACAUGUGCUCAACAAGCUGGUCUUUACAUGAAAAUGGACACUGUCAAAGAUGGUAGCGAAACACAACCUGUGUUGGUUCAGAAAAUUGCUUACUGUGAUACACAUGCUCCACCUGAUCAUAGCGAGUCCCAAAAGGAAGACUCCAGACAGAAAAUGAAGCAAGCACGAAAAAUGUUGGCUAAAAAACGAACUUCAGCUCCUAUUAUUCUUAUACCAACUAUACCACCAGAUCGUAUCCAAGAAAUAGCCUCAUUAGUGAAUAUAACUAAGAAGUCUCAGUUUAUCCAGCGUCUAAUAGCCUAUUGGACCUUAAAAAGGCAGUAUAGAAAUGGAGUUCCAUUGUUGAGAAGGUUGCAGAGCGCUCAAGGAGGUUCGAGGGAUUCAUUCUCUAGCAAUGUGGAUACUUUGGAACUUUGCCGGCAAUUGAAAUACUGGCAGUGUCUUAGGCAAGAUUUAGAAAGAGCAAGACUUCUUUGCGAGUUAGUAAGAAAGAGAGAAAAAACCAAAUUGCUGUACACUAAACAUGUCGAGAAAUGUUACAAGAUCCAACUGAAACCAUUCCAAGCGAGUUUGGAAAAUGUACUUGACUUGAUAUCAUCUAAAGAUACCAAUGAAAUCUUUAGCGAACCGGUUGAUUUGGAAGAGGUUCCUGAUUACAUGACAGUUGUGUCUGAACCAAUGGAUUUGAGCACAAUGAAAGCAAAAUUGGCUAGAGAGGAAUAUCCUGAUCUGAAAUCUAUGGAGAAAGAUUUCGACCUUAUGAUAGCCAACUGUUUGGCCUACAAUAACAGGGAUACAGUUUUCUAUCGAGCUGCUAUUAAAAUGAGGGAUCAAUGUGCUGCAAUCUUCAGACAAGCUAGGAAAGAACUGGAAACUGCUGGUUUGUUAAAUGAGAACAAAGAUGGAGGUCAUGGUUCUUCUAAUGAGGAAUCUUUAGCUGCAGAUAUAGACAAAGAACUCGAAAAUUUACAAGGCAAAACUGGUCUUGAUGUUAUUGCUAAAUUGGAAGAUUUGAUGGCCAAGAGUCAGGCUCUCAAGCAUGGUUUGGCAAGAGCCAAGAGAGUCAAACUAGUGAGAAGUGAACUCAACAAAGCAAAAAGAAAUUUAGCCAAUACUGAUAGUUCCCAAUCAGACCAGGAAGUAGAGUCUCAAAAUGCUAAAUUUCCAUGCAACAGUGCCAGUGUGUCACCUUCCGGCGGAGUAAAUAGAAGAACAGCUGUAUUGCUGACAAAAAAAGCUCAAGCUGUUUCCAAAAAACCUGUUGAAGAACCUCCGGAAACUUCAAAAAAAAAAAAGGGCAGACAGAAGAAAACUCUUGAACCCACACCUGACAACAUGGAUGGUAAAUUGAAUUCUGUGCCAGACAGUUUCCGUGUGUAUAGAGCUGGAUGCCAAACUUCUGGUGACGAAAAUAGUGAUAGUGGGUCUAGUCUAUCGACUUGUUAUUCCCAUGAUCCUUCAGAAAUUGAUUCUGAUGAAGACACUGAAUGUUCAGACUCAACAGUAAAUGGAGCUGAUGGAAUUGGAGAGAAGGUUCUUGAACCUUUCCAGUUGGUUUGGGCCAAAUGUAGGGGUUAUCCUUGGUAUCCAGCACUUAUUAUUGAUCCUGGUAUGCCAACUGGUUAUGUACAUAUGGGUGUUCCUAUGCCAACUCCGCCUCCUGAAGUUCUGUCUCUAAAGUCAAACCACGAGGAACAUGUAUAUUUAGUUUUAUUCUUUGACGCCAAAAGAACAUGGCAGUGGUUGCCAGCAGAGAAGUUAGAAAUUCUUGGUAUUAAUCCAGAUAGAGACGAGGCUAAGGUUACAGAAUCGAGGAAGCCAACAGAUAGAAAAGCAGUUAAAAAGGCAUAUGAAAAUGCUCAAAACUACAUAUCCCAAAUAGCUGAGUUUGAGAAGAGUGAAUCUGCAACUUAAAUCAAUAGGUAUUCAAAGUGCACAAUAAAACUCAAUUAAUUAUGAUUAAAGUUUAAUGUUUUUCUUCAUCAUAAUAACAUUUGAAGUAUGUACUUACUUUGGAAAUUAUAUGUAUAGUUUCUAAGCUUAAAGUUAUAAAUAAAUAUACUAUUAAAAAAAAACAAUUUAAAAUUAA